CAUUUCCCGAGCUGCAUUGCCAGGUGGCAACGUUAAAGUUUGCAGCUCUUCACGAAAAACAGUUUAGUUAAAAAACGCUACGCGACAAUGACGAAUGAAAGAAAUACGCAUUAAAUAAAUCUAAGCUAAUGCAAGAAAGUGAAGUGACAAAUAGAAUCAAAAUAAUUAAUUCAAUAGUGUGAAAUUAUGAAACAUUCGAUCAACAGCAAUUAAUUGCAAGAGCAUAAAGAAAUCAACCGCAAAUAUAGUUUUUUCGCCGUGUUUCACGCGAUGAUAACAACAAAGGCGUCGUCGACGUCGUCGUUCAGAGUUUGCAAAAUGAAAUACUACGUAUUUUGUUGCGCGUUAAUUUUGCUAUUGAGCGGCGUGAUUGCAUCAGCAACAAAGCAACAACAACAAACGACAGGUGCAAAUGCCGACUCAGCAGAAGUUGUUAGCAGUGUCGAGGAAAAGACGGAUUGUACGGACCUUGCCCGCGACGAGGAGGCAUUGAUGGUAUUCUCAACGUUGGGUGGCGGGCUAACGGCAAUCGAUCCGAUUACAAGUGAAAUACGCUGGACAAUAGCAGAUGACCCACCUAUUGUUGCGGAACCACAACAGAAUGUGCAGGUUCCACAUUAUCUGCCUGAUCCACGUGAUGGCAGCAUAUAUCAAUUAGGCCAAAUGGGAAACCUUAAGAAGUUGCCUUAUACUAUACCACAGUUGGUGGCCAAUGCGCCUUGUCGCUCCUCCGACGGCAUUUUAUACUCGGGCAAGAAGAGCGACACAUGGUACAUAGUCGAUCCCAAGACGGGUAGACGUGAGAAGGUCAUGGACUUUGGAGAUGCCAAUAUGGAGGGCAAGGAAGGUGAUCAGAUUGGCUGGGCCACGUCGCGUGCCAUUUAUUUGGGACGUACUCAAUAUACGGUCAUGAUGUAUGACAGCCUGGCCAAGGAUAAGAAUGCAAAGCCCUGGAACAUAACAUUCUAUGAUUAUAAUGCACUCAGUGCACCGCCAGAGUUGGCCAAGGAAUACGAGUACAUUCACCUGACCACCACAAGCAAUGGUCAAAUUGUCACCCUGGAUCGCAAGCAGGGCAAGUUUUUGUGGCAACGAGACCUAAACAGUCCUGUGGUUGCGGCAUUUUUACUGGGACCUGAUGGACUGCUCAGUGUGCCUUUUACGACGGUCUCUGAUGAGGCCUACGAAGCUAUUUUGGAGGAGUCAAAAAUUGGCAAUGUGAACACUGUAAAACUAUUCCAAUCCCUUUACGUUGGCGAGCAUCAGCGCGGUCUUUAUGCGUUGCCAUCGUUGGUGGACAAAAAUACGCCCCGAAUUUCUACAACGCCUCCCAUCAAGCUGUUGGAUGGCCCUGUUGCGGAGCUAAACAAUAAGAAAGAUCAUGAUCCACGAACAAUUUAUAUCAAUGAUAUGCUUCAGGGCAAUCCGGGCAUUAUGCUUGGUCAUUACAAUAUGCCCAACGAGGGCAAGGGCAAUCUGCAUCUUUCACCAACGCCGUCUUCAAGCAAGGAUGUACACAGUCUGGCCACAAUACACAACUAUAAUGAUGGAUAUGGCCUAUUGGCCAACAACGAAAAGAAUGCAGCUGAUAUUGGCGUGCAAACGGAGCCGGAAAUAGUGGAGAUUACCAUCGAGCCGCGACCGAACACAAUUAAUCGGACUAAAACCAUCAUUAUCGCAAAUAGCAACAAGGUUCAAGCAUUCAUUAAUGAAUGGUUCAUGGAUCAUCCAAGUGGAAAGGUGCAUCAGAUACUGAUUGUCAUUGUUAUGGGAAUGAUUGCGUUGUUCUGGUACACAUGCAGCACAAUGAGGGAGUUGCAAAAGCAGAGCGAGAACGGUUCCAAGACGAUGGCUCAGCAGGCCGCAACUGGCAGUACAAAUGGAAGCAAUGGCAGUAAUGGUAGCAACAUUAGUGCUCAGGAUCUUGUUGAUCUAGGCCAAGGACAAGUUCGUGUGGGCAAAAUCAGUUUCAACUCCAACGAAGUGUUGGGCAAGGGCUGCGAGGGCACCUUUGUCUUCAAGGGCAACUUCGAGGAACGUUUUGUGGCCGUCAAGCGUCUGUUACCCGAGUGUUUCACUUUUGCUGAUCGUGAAGUGGCACUACUACGCGAGUCUGAUGCCCACGAGAAUGUCGUGCGUUAUUUCUGCACCGAACAGGAUCGCCAGUUUCGAUAUAUUGCCGUGGAACUAUGCGCAGCCACACUCCAGGACUACACAGAAGGGGAUCGUUCAUUGGAACUGCGUCAGCAAAUAGAUAUUUGGCAGGUGCUAGUUCAGUCAGCAGCUGGACUCAGUCAUCUGCAUUCUCUAGAUAUUGUUCAUCGGGAUAUUAAGCCACAGAAUGUGUUGCUGUCGCUGCCUGAUGUCAAGGGCAAGGUUCGUGUUAUGAUCUCGGAUUUUGGACUGUGCAAGAAACUAAAUUUUGGGCGCACCAGUUUUUCGCGUCGAUCGGGCGUGACUGGCACUGAUGGCUGGAUAGCUCCUGAGAUGAUGCGUGCCCAACGCACCACUACAGCCGUGGAUAUCUUCUCACUCGGCUGCGUUUACUACUAUGUGUUGAGCGGUGGUCAUCAUGCCUUUGGUGACACACUCAAAAGACAGGCCAAUAUACUCUCCCAUGACUACAAUCUGGCCAAGUUGCGUGCUGACGGCGCUGAAGAACAUAACAAAACUAUAUUGGCCGAGCAACUGAUAUCUGAUAUGAUACACAGAGAUGCUCAAUCACGUCCACCGGCGCGUUGCAUUGGCAACCAUCCACUGUUUUGGGAUGAGCCCAAAAUGCUCAGCUUUUUACAGGAUGUAAGCGAUCGUGUGGAGAAAUUGCAGUUUACAGCCGAGCCACUCAAAUCGCUGGAAAAGAAUGGACGUAUUGUGGUCCUGGACGAUUGGAACGUGCAUUUGGAUCCGUUGAUAACCGAUGAUCUGAGAAAGUAUCGCGGCUACAUGGGCGCCAGUGUACGUGAUUUGUUGCGAGCACUGCGAAAUAAGAAGCACCACUAUCACGAGCUCACUGCAGAGGCUCAGGAGCUGCUCGGUUGCGUACCACAUGAGUUCACCAACUACUGGGUGGAUCGAUUCCCGCAGCUUAUCUCACAUGCGUAUCAUGCAUUCAGUAUUUGCUCGAAUGAGCCCAUCUUCAAGCCGUACUACAGCACUGGCUUUCACUUUUCGCGUCCCUGGUACUUUGAUGCCGACGAUGCGCUGUUUCCAAUGCUGAUGCGAGAUCCCAAGCCGCUGCCCAAGGUGGGAAGCCCCAAAAAGACGCCCCCGGCGCCCUCAUCCUUAGCACAACAGCAGUUGAAACAGCGUAAGGGCGCCUACAACUUUCGGAAACAAGUCAACGAGGAAGUGAUACCUGGCGUGGGACUCCAACGUAAUCUGGAUCUGGAUACGCAGAUUGCGAAUGCGGAUAUAGACAGACGUGAUGUGUUUGCGAAUUUUAAAUUUCGCCGAUCCAAACCAGGUAAUCGGAACUACACAGCUAAUCCUAAGGAGCAGGACAAGGAGAAAUAUGUUAGCUGGACCUUGCCAGCAGCUACAACGGAUUAGAAUGAAAACUGAAACACAACAUCACUGUUGUAGUUGUAAAUCGUUUAUUAUCAAUAAUAUUAGUAUAAUUAUUAUAAUUUCAUCUGUGCAAUUUUUUUAUGCAACUAUUCCAAAACAAUUCCCAUUCAAUUUCGUGUUCUUAGCUAAAUGUUUAGAUAAAAUUUAACGAGAAAAUUGAUAAAACAAAACGUACUGAUCGAAAUUCAUACGAAAGCUAGAUCUAUUUUUAUAUAAGUAUGUAUAAUCUCUAGGCAAGUGAAAAUAGAAUGAGAAGUGUGUUAAUCGAAUGCACGGAAUUUAACUGUGAUAAUUUAAUGUAGUUUUGUUUAAUGCCCAAGUGCAAGUUUUUAUAGAAAAUAGUCCAAGUUUUAUAUAUAACAUUAACGUAUGUAUAUUUAUAUUAGUUAAGUACUCCUCAAGACCCUGCUCCCCAAGACGAUAAAAAUAAGAUACAUUUUGUUAGAAUUAUCUACAGCUAUACAACUAAAUAAUAAUGCACUUAUUAGUAUUAAACAUUUCGUUAUAACAACCAAA